UCACUUUCACAAAUUCAUCCUAAAAAGCGCAGACGCAUUGUCGUGAAAUAUCUCAAAAUCCACAGACUGCCGCUACUUCCAGCCGGCCGACAAUGUUCUGAACGUUCCGGAUUUUCGCAUCCUUAGUUUGGUCCACCGCGUUCAAGUGAGAGGGAAGAAUUUGACUUUGUGCUGGAUUUGUGCAUUUCGUACAGGGUGUCAAGAUGACGAGCGAAAGAGAGAAAGUGGACGUUCUGGAUAACCUGAUGGGCAACCUCGGGGAUUGGGGAAGAUAUCAAUGGUGGCAAUUUGUUCUCCACAUCCUGUCAGCCCUUGUUGCUGGUCUACACAUGUUAUCUCUGGUGACAAUAGCGGCCGUCCCAGAACACAGGUGUGAAAUUCCAAAUGUGGACGUCAACCAAACCAUGGCCCCAUUGAACUUCACAACUCUCACAAGAUACAUUCCUCUGAAGACAAGUGAACAAAUUGACUCCUGUUCAAUCUACAACAUUACAUCGAACGAAACAAUCAGAUGCGCUUCUUGGGUAUUCAACAGCACCUAUCACCCAUCUUCAAGAGCCAUUGACUGGAAUUUUGUCUGUGACAGAAGGUGGAUGGGUGCCGUUGCCCAAACAACCUACAUGUUGGGAGUAUUUGUUGGGUGUAUAACGUUGGGAAACCUGGCUGACAAGAUAGGGAGGAAGCCGGUCUACUGCUGGUCUGGCCUUAUCACUCUGAUCUUAGGAGUUGGCGUUGCAUUCACCACUGACUUCUAUACGUUUCUGGUGGUUCGCUUCGUCUUCGGCAUAUUCGCCUCUGCUGGAAGCUACUUGGCAGGUUUCGUACUAACCAUGGAACUGGUAGGACCUAGCAAACGUUCAGUAUGUGGUAUCGCUUUCCAAGGUGUCUUCGCGACAGGCAUCAUGCUUGUAGCUUUCUGGGGAGCAUUCAUCAAAGACAGGCAAACCCUCCAAAUAGUUUAUGGUCUGCACGGUCUCCUCUUAGUAGCGCAUUGGUGGCUCAUGGACGAAUCUCCGAGGUGGCUCUGGGCCAACGGAAGAUAUAAAGAAAGCGUUGACAUCGUUAAGAGAGCCUUAGAGUUUAACGGUAGCCCUCUGACCAUCAAUACAGCAGACUACGUCUCCAAAGGGCAGGCUCAACAAAGGACAACAACGACCAGUGAAGCCGGUCUCAUGGACCUAUUCAAGACCCCGAAUCUUAGGAGCAGAACACUCAACAUCAGUUUGUGUUGGUUCGCUAACUCCUUAGUGUAUUAUGGCUUGUCCCUAAGCUCGGGAAAUAUAAAAGGAAACCCCUUCUUCAUUCUGUUCGUGAUGGGACUGAUCGAGAUUCCUGGAAACAUUUUGACGAUCAUGUUGAUGGACAAGCUAGGCAGAAGAUUAUUGACUUCUUUCAACAUGAUUUUGGGUGGAAUGUGCUGUAUAGUUGCAGUUAGUAUAACUAUAGGCAGCGUGACCUCAACAACCUUCGUGUUCUUGGGUAAAUUUUUGAUAGCCUGUUCCUUCGCCAUAAUUUACAAUUAUUCAGCCGAACUAUUUCCAACUGUCAUCAGAAAUUCUGCGUUGGGGCUUGGAGGGAUGUGGGCCAGGAUUUCUGGAGCUCUCACUCCUCUCAUAACUUUGUUGGAUUCCUUUGACCCAAAGAUUCCUUGCAUGAUCUUCGCCAUUAUCGCGAUAGCGUCAGGGUUUUUAACCAUGUUCUUGCCAGAGACCUUGGGGAAGGAAAUGCCAUCAACCAUAGAAGAUGGCGAGAAUUUCGGUAUUGGGGAUACCUGCUUCUCCAAUUUCUGGGGCAGAAGGAAAGUAUACGAUAAAAAUGAAAACGGAACGAAGAUAGCAAUGACGGAACAGUUGAAACCUUUGAAUGUCACAGAAAAGGUUUAGGUGGAAAAUUUUGUAAUUUAUUUGAUAGAAUGAGAAAUUGUGCAAUGCUCGACAAAUUAUCAAUUUGCGAAAUAACGGAAGGUGCAUAUUUUGAGUGCUCAUUUGUUCGAGCCAAUAAGUGGAGCGAUGUACUUCAGUCAAGAUCAAAAAUAUUCUUUUCGGAUGGGCAUCUGUUGGUUUCUUUUAUGAAUACAUAGGUAUAAUAUAGGUUUUAUUAAUAAAGCCUGUAUUUAAAAAAAUUGAAAAAUCAUGAGAAAAUAAUUUUUUGCUGGCUAACUUCUACUUUUGGUUCAACAAUUUUCUGACCAAGUUCUAUUUGGUUCAUCAUUAUAGUAAACUUCUAUGUCUGAAAAGAACUAUACAGGGUGUUCCCAAAGUUAAGAUACCUACUAACACAUAUGAGAGAUUCCUGAAAACAGGUGGAUCGGACGGGGUGGACCUGUGUUAUGUCCCUCCAGAUCCCCAGACUUAAAUGGUUUAAGAUUUUUAUGAGGCAUUCAGAAAUAUCUAGUGUACAUAACGCCAGUGAAUACUAUAGAGUGUAGACAAACUGAAAAAUUUCGAUCAUCUAGAAGUAAAAGAGAAGGUGGAAGGAUAUUUUCAACAAUUGUUAUAGUCCAGUUACUUGUAGUUCGAGUUUAUGGAAUCUUUAUGAACCAUUUCUACAGAUCGGGAAAAUAAAGUACCAUAACUAUUACUUUAUUUAUUCAUCGCAACUGCUGACUGGAUGUUUAUAAUAAUUUUGAUUUUCCAUAAGAUUUUGAGAGAAUUGUUUGAAGUUUUUUUCGAAAUCCAUAGCAGAUACGACAAAACUACAAUGAACUAAAAAGUUUACAAUCAGAUCAAAGUUACUUUUUACAUUCUUUCAAACAACCAGGGGUUUGACAAUCAAAGUUCUGGAGGAAAAAAGUCGGGCAUUGUUCCUGAAAAAAUAUCACCCUGUAAAUUUGCAAUCGAAAUUGUCAUAUCACGUGAUAUAAACUCUAAAUUUGAAUAUUUUCAGUUAAAAAUCUUGUAAAUCGCAGAUGUUAUGAGAAAAAAAUUCAUAUCUCAAAAACAAGGCGUUUUCGUGUACAUGUUUAUAGGUUGUCUUUCCUGAAAAUAUCCAAGGAAUUUUGUUUGUAUCUUCAAUUUAGGAACACUGUGUAUAUUUGUGAUUAACUAAGCAUUUGCUCAGUUAAAGGAUUUUUAUUUAUUUGUAUUUCAGAUCAGAAUGGGAAAGUAUUGAAAUUUAAAUCAUUAUAAUUGUAGUAUAAAAUAAUCUACUCAUCAGUUGAAUUUUCACCUAUAGUUAUUCUUCACCAUGUAAUGUUAACUUUUAUCAAAAUCAAAUGCCUAUUAAUUUAAGUGUUUCCUAAAUAUACUCAUAAGAAAAUUAGACCUGAAUCUCUAUAUUAUCAUGAAAUAAUUUACAUUGGAUGCAUAAAUCUUCUUUCAAGGCAAGAAGUGUUACUUCGUCAACGCACUUGUAGAUACCUGCUACUUAUAUUGCACAAAAAUCUGUAGGGAGUCGAUUCUAGAAAAAUUCCAUUUCAUUGUCAUCUGUUCAACAUUUCAGAAUAUGUUUUUGUAUCGGUGAUUUUUAUUCCAGAUACAUUUGCUUUCUGAGAAUAGAAUAUUUCAUACCUAUAUAAUUAAUUUAUUCUAUUCUCAAAGCUCAGUAUUCUUUGUGAAUCUGGGACGAAAAAUAAAAUUUAAUAUGCGCUGAAUUAUCAUCAACUACAUUCGGAAUAAGUCCUGAAUGGUCAUUUCUUCGUUAUUUUUUUUUUAUGACUAAAACAAAAACUUGUAGAUCAGAAACCAACAGAUAACCAAUUCUUCAAAGAAAGUUCAACAUCAUGUACAACAAGAUGUCUUUUUUCUUUUGUAAGAGGCACAAGUGUGAUGAAACAUUAUAUGUAAAUUAUAAUGCUGUCUCUAAUAUCUCCCUCAAAAAUCAUAUUAUGAGUAUUUAUAAGCAUUUUGGAUGAUUAAUAUUGCGUCUAUGUUCUUAAUAUAUGUUUUUCAAGAUGCAUUUGAAAUAGAUCUUUUUGAAUUUUUAACAUUUUUGAAAUAGACCUACUUAGUCUGAAUGUCAUAGUUUAUUUCUGAAAGUGUAUGAACAAGAGUCGAUUUUACUACGCUUCUUCAGAAAAUAACCGAAUCUGCUUGUGGUAAUUUCAGUUUUUUUUCGUUCAGAAGAAAUUUUUACAGUUAAAAAAAAAGAAGUUUAAUGAAAGACCCACCCUAAAUUUGUUCGCAACUAUUUAUGUACCUACAUGUAUUUAUGUAUAUUCUUCCCUAAUUUUCAAUUAUAUCCUCUACUUCAACAUAUGUAACUUGUAAUCUCAAUAUAAUAAUGAAUGGAACAGUAGGUACCUAACUAAGAUAGGUAUCUAGAAAUAUUUUUAGACUGUAUAAAAACUGAAUAUUUCCGUUAACGGGAUAUUUGAAAAUUUGAUUAUUUUCUGCACAAGCCUCCUAUUCUGAAGAUAAGCAAAUCGUUUGAAUUAAAAAAAACAACAAUUCAACUUCAGAAUACUUCGGUCAUAUACUAAAAUAUUUGAAGGGAAAUUUGAUGAAAGACAUUCGUAGGUAUACUUAUAUCUUUUUUUUUUUGAAAAUGUUAACAUUUUGUUCCUAUUACUUAUUUGUAGAAUUGUUAUUUUCGUAAUUCUAGUCUGAGUUUUGUAUAAUUAUUACCUAUCGAUGUUAUUUUCUUCUUUUCUGAUAACUUCGAAAUUCGAUUAUCAUCUGUUACCUAUGUAUACUUUCGUCUUUUGACUCAACAAAAAAAUUGAUUUUUUACUGGUGUAUCUCACUCUUAUUGAAUACCCGGAUGUAUAUAAAUUUGAACAAAUAUAUGAAUAAAUUUUUGUUUUCUAAA